GUUUUUUAACUAGCUUACUUUGAAGCUGUAAGCGCAGUAAUUAGUCUAAUAGUACCACAAAGCAUCAAAUAAUAUGCAAGAAAGCCAGAAAUUACAGUAAUUCAAUUUAAUUUAAACGCUUCAGGCCUACAAUCGGGGAUUGGUUUUGGGAACGAAGCCUGAGGCGGAGCCCAAGUCGAGUAUUGGAAAAGGGCCCAAAACCACAUGCAUAUACAUAACAAAUGCUGGUGUAGUGGGUGACUUCACAUGUACAGUACUCUUAGUCACUCUCUUCAGGAGCCAGGCUAGUAUCACAAGAUCACUGUUUUCUUGAUUUUCGUUUUGUCAGUUCAGGUUGAAUACCUCAACUUCCUUUGCAAGCAUCCAUGGCUGCUGAUGGUGCUAAACAAAUGCCCCCAGGCAUGGGUCCUGCCGGUGGUGUAUUCUCUGGAGGUAUGACCCCUGAAAAAAUGAAGGAAAUGAUGGCUGCGACUCAUGAGUACAAAGGAGUGAUAUAUCCCAAGUUGAUGGUCCCCCGAGAGAACUUGGAAGCCAUGGAAACAUUUAAAGUACGAGAUGAUGAUAUUUUCAUCCUCACGUAUCCCAAAUGCGGCACCCACUGGACAAUGGAGAUAGUUUACCUGAUACUGACUGAAGGCUAUCCCGAUAAGAUUGAUCGACACGAGAAGAUGAAAUUUGGUGGAUUAGAGAUGUUUGUUCCAACUCCCACCAAUCAAGUUCCGGCCUACAAGUAUGUGCAAACCAUAACAUCCCGGCGUGUUCUGCCAACUCAUCUGCCAGCAAACGUAAUACCUCCAGCAGUUCUUCAGGGCAAGGGCAAGGUGGUCUAUGUAACAAGAAACCCCAAAGAUUGCCUGACAUCAAUGUUUGGCUUCAUGUCGAAACAAGCUGGAAUGGCCAAUUGGAAUGAGAUGUUCGAAAUGUUCCUAUCAAAAAAAAUGCUGAAUGGCAGUUUUUUUGACUUCAGCUUGGAUUACUGGAAACACCGCCACGACAGCAACUUCCUCUUCUUGAAGUACGAGGACAUGAAGAGGGAUCCAAAAUCAGCAGUGAUAGCUAUAGCCAAUCACAUUGGUUGUGCGUUAUCAGAGGAAGCUGUAGAUCGUGUUGUACAAAAUAGCAGCAUGGAGCACAUGAAGAAAUCCUACAAGAAGGCAGAUGACCAGGGAGUGAUGGCAGCUUUUGCUGGCAAAGGCGAGGAGAACCUGGGCAAGUUCCUUCGGAAAGGCGUUGUCGGUGACUGGAAAAACUACUUGACUGUGGCCCAGAAUGAGAGAUUUGAUGCACUUUACAGGGAGAAGAUGGCAGGCUCUGGUCUCACAUUUGAAUUCGAGUAAAUUAUCAGUUAAGAUUGUUUCAAUUUGAUAUUAGAGGUGGUUUGUAUUUGUGGGCUAUCCUAUAAAUUUGGGGUCAAAACUUGUGACAUUUUUAGUGACGUUGUUACACCUGACCUAUGUAAUUUCACAUGAAAAUAUUGUCAAUAUUGACUUCAAACUAUAUCUGUUCAACACGCAGGUAAUUUGCUUUACUUAAUCUCUUGAGGAAAUGAAAGAAUGUGCUUUAACUGUACAAAAUUGUAUGUCAUGUGUGACAAGGACAAGAAAAAAUGGGACCCCACACAGCCUUGUUGCUAGCUUGUGGCAUUUGGAGUUCCAUACAAGAACAAUCGAUAACUAUGAUGCUUAUGGUUGGUAGGGCAAUGGCAGCUGCUGGCAAGGUGAGGCCUGCCCCACAACCCUCCCCCCCCCAACAUUGGGCAUGACCCCACAUAUAUAGUUACCUUUGUACAAUUAGACUCAGCUGUGAUACAAAUGCUAAAUAAAUAGUGCUUUAAAGAUGUAUAUUGAAGAAGUAAUAAGUAGACCAGUACAUGAGUAGUAUUUGUAGUAUGCACCUGAAUGUUUUCGCUUAAUUUAGUGAUGACCUUCUUUUUAACCAGAUUUUUCCUUUUUUGAAAUUUGAGGACUAGAUACAGUUUGAUGUACAUGCAUUCAUGUAUUCAACUCAUCACACACAAAAUAUAUUGCGUUUAGUGCAUUCAGGUUCUAGCUUAUUUACAGGGUGUGAUGAAUGUAAAGCAGCAUCUUAUAAUCACUCAUCCACGUAAAUAAUGGAAUACUAUACUGUAGAUACGUUUUUGACAAAAUAGUUUUUCUAUUCUUAGUAGACAGACUUUGAAGAAAGCAAUGAAUUUUAAUAUUGCAUUGUGAAGGUUGUUUGAACUGAAUUUUUCAGCUCUAAUUUUAUACAUGCAAAAGACAAUAAAGUGUAGAGAAAGAAUAAGAGACCAGUA